AUGUUGCAUCUGGGGGCAAAGGAGCCGGCUUCGCAUGUUGGAAGUGACACCUUUACAGAAAUAACACAAACUACUACGACUGAGCUGCUCACUACCACUACAGAGGCCAUCAGUAACCCAAGCACUGACCCCUGUGAUAACUACAGCAUACUGGAUGAGCCCUGGAGAGCCACAAACAGCCCCAAUUACUGGUGGGGUUUACACUGUGACCAAUACACCAGCUGGAACGGCUGGUAUCGUCUGCUCCAUCAGGGCAAUAGCGUCCGGAUGCCAGAUUCAUGUGUUAGUGAGAACAUGUGUGGAACUCAUGCCCCUCUCUGGCUGAAUGGUCCUCAUCCUCGACUGGAAGAUGGAGUAGUCAGUCGGCAGGUCUGUGGGAGCUGGAACGGUGCCUGCUGCUUUUUUAAUUCCUCCCCCAUUCAAGUGAAAGCCUGUCCUGGAGAUUACUACGUUUAUGAGUUCGUCCGUCCAAGCAGCUGUUCUUUAGCUUACUGUGCAGAGGCCAUCAGUAACCCAAGCACUGACCCCUGUGAUAACUACAGCAUACUGGAUGAGCCCUGGAGAGCCACAAACAGCCCCAAUUACUGGUGGGGUGUACACUGUGACCAAUACAUCAGCUGGAACGGCUGGUAUCGUCUGCUCCAUCAGGGCAAUAGCGUCCGGAUGCCAGAUUCAUGUGUUAGUGAGAACAUGUGUGGAACUCAUGCCCCUCUCUGGCUGAAUGGUCCUCAUCCUCGACUGGAAGAUGGAGUAGUCAGUCGGCAGGUCUGUGGGAGCUGGAACGGUGCCUGCUGCUUUUUUAAUUCCUCCCCCAUUCAAGUGAAAGCCUGUCCUGGAGAUUACUACGUUUAUGAGUUCGUCAGUCCAAAUGGCUGUUCUUUAGCUUACUGUGCAGAGGCCAUCAGUAACCCAAGCACUGACCCCUGUGAUAACUACAGCAUACUGGAUGAGCCCUGGAGAGCCACAAACAGCCCCAAUUACUGGUGGGGUGUACACUGUGACCAAUACAUCAGCUGGAACGGCUGGUAUCGUCUGCUCCAUCAGGGCAAUAGCGUCCGGAUGCCAGAUUCAUGUGUUAGUGAGAACAUGUGUGGAACUCAUGCCCCUCUCUGGCUGAAUGGUCCUCAUCCUCGACUGGAAGAUGGAGUAGUCAGUCGGCAGGUCAACAAUAAUGGACACUUAACUUUUGAUCAGUCGUGGAACAGCUACUCCCCCUAUCAGUUUCCUGCUAAUGCUGGACGAGACAUCAUUGCUCCAUACUGGACAGACAUUGACAAUCGUUACAAUGGAAUCAUCUCAUACCAGCAAUACACAUCUGGCAGUGUUCUCACUCAGGCUACCCAGGACAUUAACCAGUAUUUCCCUCAGCUUCAUUUUAAUGCCACUUGGGUCUUUGUUGCAACGUGGAACAGAGCUGGUUAUGACACAAGUGACUCCAGCUACUAUUUCUCAAUCCCCGGAUCAUUUCAACGCAACUACAACAAUGACUUCACAUACACAAGCAAUGUGAAUGUCACGGGCAGAUGGGCUUUCCGUGUAGAUCACGGAUCACGAACAUGCAACACUGUACCUCAGGGAACCAGUUUCUGGACAGAUUCCUCAUGCUGGGAGAGAUGCACCUGCACUCGCAGGGGUCUCCAGUGCAGCUCACAGCCUUGCACAUACUCUCAAGCCUGCCGGCCUGCUGCCUUGGAGUACAGCUGCCAAAAUGUUCAACGCCAAACCUGCACCAUCUCUGGAGACCCUCACUACUACACCUUUGACAAUCAGAUCUUCCACUUUCAGGGGACCUGCACCUAUGUCCUGUCGGAGGCUUGUGGGGAUGGGUUGCCAUACUAUCGAAUUGAAGGGAAAAAUGAGCACAGGGGCAGCACACGUGUAUCAUGGACACGCUUAGUCCGAGUGUUUGUCUAUGAUGAAGAACUGGAACUGGUGAAAGAUCAUCAAUAUGAGGCCAAGGUCAAUGGCAGUUUUGCAUCAACACCUUUCAGCCUCCGGAAUGGCUCCAUUCAAGUCUACCAGUCAGGUUUUUCAGUGGCCAUCAGUACAGAUUUUGGCUUGGUUGUCACAUAUGAUGCAUAUUCCUACGUGACCAUCAGUGUGCCUUUUGACUACCAGAAUGCAACCUGUGGCCUAUGUGGCAAUUUCAACCACCACCCAGAGGAUGACUUCCGUACACCUUCAGGUGAAGUCUUGAGUUCAGAUACAGACUUUGCAAAUUCUUGGACAGCAACAGGGGACACAGAUCCUGGCUGCCAGAAUACCUGCUCAGGCUUGACUUGUGCUGCUUGUACUGAAGCUCAGAGGAGAAUCUACAGUAAUUCAGACUACUGUGGAAUCCUGGGAGAUCCUGCUGGUCCUUUUAGCUCUUGCCACUCAAGACUGUCACCCCAGACCUUUAUGGAGAACUGCAUCUAUGAUCUUUGUGUGGGAGGAGGAUACCAGCCAAUCCUAUGCCAGGCACUCAAUGUGUAUUCUGCUCAAUGCCAGCAGCAAGGCGUUCAGCUUGGCCUUUGGAGGAGACAAGGAUUCUGUGAAAUCUCAUGUCCCAGGAACAGUCACUUUGAGUCCAGUGGAACAAGCUGCCCUGCAACGUGCAGUAACCCCACUGCUCCCGUAAACUGCCCUUUGCCGAACCAGGAGAGCUGCAUCUGUGACGCAGGAUAUGUCCUAAGUGCUGGAGAAUGUGUAUCUCAAGCCAACUGUGGCUGCACUUUUGAAGGACUCUACUAUGCCAGUGGUCAGUCAGUGAUAUUGGAUGGGGACUGUGGGAGGCAGUGUUCCUGCAACAGUGGAGUAAUGAGCUGCCAAAACUACCAGUGUGGUCCACAAGAGAUGUGUGCAAUCCAUAAUGGUGUGAGAGGCUGCAGACCAAUAGGCUAUUCCACCUGCUGGGUUGAAGGACCAGGCUUCUAUCACACAUACGAUGGACUGAUGUUCAGCUACCCAGGAGCCUGUGAACUGACCCUCAGCAGGGUGAUGGGACUUUCUCCACUCCCUAACUUUGCAGUAACAAUUCAGAAACAGCCCUCAGGCCCUCAGGGCUUUUCCAGAGUGCUGACAUUUGAGGCAGAGGGAACUCAGGUUUCUAUGAAGAUGGAAGAAGGAGGAACAGCAACUGUGGAUGGUCAGGAAGUUGCUCUGCCAUUUAGCGUUGGCAGCGGUCGAAUCCAUAUCUACCACAGCAGUGUGAAGGGCAUAAUCAUGGAAACCACUUUUGGUGUAACUGUACGAGCUGACUGGCCACACCUCAUCCGAAUAACUGCCCCCAGUACCUACAAUGGCACACUUGGAGGACUAUGUGGGAAUUUCAAUGAAUACCUUGAAGAUGAAUUCCUCAGUCCCGAUGGAGUCUUGCUGAAUGACUCGCGAACAUUUGGGGAUAGCUGGCGAGAUGGGUCCCUCUCAGCCCACUGUGAAGAAUCCACUGAUAUCUGGCAAAAAGGGUAUUAUCAGGACAGCAACCAGUUCAGGAUGCAUUGCAGCAUACUUUCCUCACCAUCUGGACCUUUCGCUCAAUGCCACAGCAGUCUGGAUCCCUCGGCGAAGGUAGAGGAUUGUAUCAGUUCCCUGCAACAGACAGAGGGUGCAAAGGAAGCCCUGUGUGAGGCCCUGCGAGGGUAUGCUGUGCUUUGCCAGCAAAAUGGCAUUGUCUUGCAAGAAUGGAGAAACAUCACUGACUGUGAGUUCCCCUGCCCAACCAACAGUCAUUAUGAGCUGUGUGGAACUUCCUGCCCAGCAGCCUGCCCUAGUCUCUCAUUCCCCUAUCUGUGCACCCAACACUGCCAGGAAGGGUGCCAGUGUGAUGAUGGGCUUCUUCUGAGUGGAGACCACUGUGUGCCACCCAUUGGCUGUGGCUGUCUGCAUGAAGGGCGCUAUAGGCAGGGUGGGGAGCGUUUCUGGUACGGUGAGCAGUGCCAGUCCCUAUGCAUCUGUGAUGGGACCACAGGUUUUGUCCGCUGCAACCCAUCAUCUUGCAGUGAGCAGGAAACCUGUCGUAUUGUCGGAGGAGAAUAUGGCUGCCACCCUCAACCCCGUGCCACAUGUUCUGCAUCAGGGGAUCCCCAUUACACCUCUUUUGAUGGACGACACCUGGUUCUGGUCUCACGUAACAAGCGUGGCAUUGCUGUGAUUGACAGUGAGACUAAGAAUCUUCCAGUCCUCCUGGAUUCUGGCAGUGUCUCUGUUUACUCCAGUGGGCAGAACACAUUCAUUACAACUGACUUUGGCCUAAGUGUGAGUUACGAUGGCUCUUGGGUAGUGCGCGUCACUGUUCCAGCUAAUUACAGUGGAGCAACCUGUGGCCUGUGUGGUAACUUUAAUGGCCAGACAAAUGAUGAUUUCCGAAUUCGCUCAGGUGAACUGGUUUCUUCAGCUUCUCAGUUUGGAGCUGACUGGAAGGUCGGGAAUGAUACUUCAUGCGAUGAUGAAUGUGGAGACUCCUGUGCACGAUGCCAAAACCCAGUGUCAGCACGGUCUCAGUGUGAGAUUCUCAGGGACAGACAGGGUCCUGUAAGUUUCUGUCAUUCCUACGUGGACCCCGAGGCCUACUUUAACGAUUGUGCUUUCGACUUAUGCCUCUCGGAGUACCAACAUGAUGUACUGUGUCGAUCUAUUCAAACCUAUGUGAGUGCCUGCCAGUCUGCCAAUGCUCCAGUCUUGCCCUGGAGGCAGAACACAACCUGCCGCAUGGACUGUCCCAUGAACAGCCACUAUGAACUUUGUGGCACAGACUGUGAGCAUACCUGUGCUAGUAGCAUUGAUUCUGUAUGCGAGCAUGCCUGUUCAGAGGGCUGCUUCUGUAAUGAAGGCUUUGUGAGAAGUGGGGGCUUCUGUAUCCCAGUGGAACAAUGUGGCUGCCUCUACAAUGGAUUUUAUUUCAAUAUAGGUGAGAAGUUCUGGAACCAAGAAUGUUCACAACACUGUGAGUGUUUUGCUCCCAAUGACCUGCGCUGCUCCUCCAUCUCCUGCUCUCCCACCCAGGAGUGUAUGGUCAAGAAUGGCCAACGCGGCUGCUACAGCACAAUGUCCUCAUGCAUGGUGUGGGGUGAUCCCCAUUACCUUACCUUUGAUGGAGCUGUAACCACCUUCCAGGGCACUUGCUCAUAUGAGAUAUCUAAGACCUGUGGCAAUGUCUUAGACAACGGCCUGGAGUUCCUUGUAGUGGCGACCAACAUGCACCGUGAGAACAAGGAUGUGUCCUUUGCCUCUGUAGUGGACAUAUGGCUUUCUAAAGGGGGACAGCGUUCACAGAUUACUAUCGGACAGAACAAGAGAGUGAAGGUUGAUGGGACAGACAUUGACUCAUCUGCUUUUGAAAUCGGCCAACUUGCAGAAUUACAUCAGGAGAAUGAUUUUGUGGUUGUAAAUGCAUCCAGUGAGUUGAUGGUCUACUUUGAUGGUCGUUUUACACUUUUGGUGAGACUGGACGAAAGCUUUCACGGAUCUGUAUGUGGAAUGUGUGGAAACAAUAACGGAGACGCUGCAGAUGACAAAGCUAUGCCCAGUGGAGCUCUUGCACCCAGUGACGAUGAAUUUGGCAACAGUUGGAGAUCAGAAAUCAGCACCCAAGGGUGUGGAGCUAUUGAUCAGAGAUAUGAUGUGAACGACUGCCCCUUCACACAGGAGUACUCUGAAGUCUGCAGCAUCAUCACCAACACCAGCGGACCUUUCCAGCACUGUCAUUUCCAUGUCAACCCCAUGGUUUACUUCAGGUCCUGUGUGUAUGAUCUAUGUGUCUACACAUCAGCCAAUGGCAUGCUGUGUUCAGCUCUGGAGGCCUAUGAGGUUGCUUGCACUACAAUGGGUCUGGAGAUCUCAGAGUGGCGCUCUGAUCUAGGCUGCUCGUACACGGACCCUUGUGCAGAGCUGGAAUGCACAGCAGACGAGUGGUGUGGAGAGAAAGAUAACAUCUAUGGCUGCUUCUGUAACGAGAACCAUCCUAGACCAAAGAAGGAGUCUUAUGACUCCAAAGAAGAGUGUGAGAGCAGCUCUGGCACCAUGUCUCUGUCCCGCUGUCAGCUCUUUGAAGCUGGUUUCUCUGCUGACGUCCUGCACCUGAGUGACCCCAACUGCACAGGGACAAUCCAGAACGGCAGACUGGUCUUCUCCUUUGAUAACGAUGCAAACAUCUGUGGGACAAAUCUUGUGGCCAAUGGUACACACUUCAUCUAUGAGAACACUAUCCAGGGAGGAGCAGACUCAGCAAAAGGAUCCAUCCACAGAAAGAAAUAUCUAGAACUGCAGUUCUCCUGCAUUUAUCAGAUCAGCCAGACACUCUCCAUGGACACAGAAUUAACCCCUCUGCAGAGCGUCGUGCGCAAGAGGCUUCCAGGUCAGGGGAUGUACCAGGUCAGGAUCAUUCCCUAUCAGGAUGCUGCCCUCUCCCAACCUUACAACGGCAGUGUGAAGAUAGUGGUGGACGAGAGGAUCUAUGUGGGAGUGUUUGUUCAGGGGGUGGACAGUCGUCAGAUUGCCACAGUGAUAGACUCAUGUUGGGCCACUCCUGAGAAUGACCAGAACCAUGCUGUCCGCUGGGAUCUCAUCACUAACAGGUGUCCUAAUCCAGAGGAUACGACAGUAGAAGUUCUUCAGAACGGUGUCUCCACUACUGGCCGUUUCUCCUUCAGGAUGUUUGCCUUUAAUGGAGACUAUCAGAAAGUUUUCCUUCACUGCUCCAUUCACCUGUGCAUUCUGGAGGGCAACAACUGUGCAGCACGCUGUUUCCCUGGGUUUCACCACAGAGUUGGCCGGUCUGUGGACAUCCAUGACAUGGCCUCCAUAUCUGUGGGGCCUUUCAUCUGGACAGUCUGA